CAGGCACAGGUGUAGGUAGGGGAGGAGUACAUGUGUAUGUGAGAGCCCAGCAUGAAGGCAGAGUGCUAGUACAUGAACACACAGCUCUCCGUGUGACUGCCUGGUGGUGUGUGUGCCACAGCAGCAAACGUGUGUGAGGGCAGCUUUGCUUAAAUCAGGACUGGUGGUGCUUCAAGAGGACUUGUCAAGGUCCCUUGCAACCAUGCUGAAGUCUAGAAGAGUGCAGGUGCUCCUGAUUCUGAUAGUUCUGUCCUUCCUUCUGAUCCACUUCCUACCCUGCAGCAACAACGCCCCCAUGGAAGAAAAACCUUCUCCAGUCCACAUCCUCAUUCUGUCCUCCUGGCGGUCAGGAUCUUCCUUCACUGGACAAAUCUUCAGCCAGCACCCCAGCGUCUUCUACCUGAUGGAGCCUGCGUGGCAUGUGUGGGUUAAGAUGUACCAGAACAGUGCCAAAGUCUUGCACAUGGCAGUGCGGGACCUGGUCAGGUCGGUUUUUCUGUGUGACAUGUCUGUGUUUGAUGCUUACAUGUCUAGCCAGAAGAAAAAGUCUGAUUUAUUUCAGUGGGAGACAAGCCGAGCCUUGUGCUCCCCCCCUGCCUGUGACUCGUUCAGUCGCAGUGACAUAAUCACUGCAGGCAAUUGCAAGACAAUCUGUGGCAAGUAUCCAUUCAGCAAGGUGGAGGAAGCCUGUAAAACCUAUAGCCAUGUUGCUGUCAAGGAGGUUCGGUUCUUUGACCUGAAAGUUCUCUACCCUCUUCUCACUGAUCCGUCCUUGAACCUCAAAAUCAUCCACUUGGUACGUGAUCCUCGGGCUGUGUUCAGGUCCCGCGAGAAGACAGUGGCAGACCUGAAACGUGACAGUAACAUUGUGGUGGGGGCUCAGAGGACAAAGGGAGAAAUGGGGCCCUACAACGCAAUGCAAAUAAUCUGCAAAAGCCAUGUGGAGAUUUACAAGGCAGGAAGUCAGGCCAUUCCCAGCUUCCUGAAAGACCGGUACCUGCUCAUUCGCUAUGAAGACAUUGUCAGGGACCCUCUAGCAAGGGCUGCUCAGAUGUACAAGUUUGCAGAACUCCAUUUCACACCCGAACUUCAGAAGUGGGUUCACAACAUCACCCAUGGGAAGGGUCAUGGUGCACAGGCCUUUGACAUUGGGUCCAGAGAUGCGUUGAGAGUAUCCCAGGCCUGGAGGAAUACACUGCCCUACCAUAAGAUAGAAAAAGUUCAAAAUGUGUGCAAGGAUGCGAUGGACCUGCUGGGCUAUCGGCUCCUUCAGUCUGAAGAAGAGCAGAAAAAUAUGUCUCUGGAUCUUUUGCUUGCCCAGAAUUCCUCCGAGUAUCAAAUUCCAAAGGCAGAAAAGCUGAUCUCUGUACCUACUCUCUGA